UGCCACACUUCCUGUCAGGACUGAGCCACCGACGAUAUGCGUUUCGGUUAUUUUUCAAGACGUUUUCUUCCAUAACACAACACGGAAAUACAUUGCUGUACUUUUGUCAGGAAUGCAGGGUCGACACAAUGGAACCUUCUAUCGCGUCCGAACCCAGCAGUCCUGAAGAGCUCAACAAAGCUCGUUUUUUUGAUCUCACCGUCGACCAGUGUGACUUGUCCAUUCUCGUACCGGAGACCCCAAGCUCGCAGCUCCCCAAGCGCAGGAGGAGACAUACACGACAUGAAGAGGAAGCAUUUAGCCCGGUAACGACGCGGAGCUCAGUGGACCGAGCAGAACGUUCCGACGGGCCGUCCAAGCGCAGGAAGCUUUCUAAGGCGAAGUCGGGGCUGAACUUUGGCUUUAUGCCCGCCUCCUCUUUGGGUCUAUUUCCUGCGGGCAGCUGGUUUGACGCUUCGUCCAGUUCCUCGUCUUCGUCCUCGUCGCCCUCUUCAUUCCUCACGUUAGAACAGGAUGAAGAGGCGUUAGAACAGGAUGAAGAGGCGGGGCUGAUGGUGGCAACGGCGACAAUGCGGCCUUCGAGUGGUCGCAACUCCUUGUCCUUCCUGACGGCAGAGGAGAGGAGGUGGCUGAGCGGCGAGCAGGCCGACGCCAGAACAACGGAGGCGUUGCCGGAAGUGGUCAUCAGUGAUGAUGAGGACAUGCCGAUCCGCAUGGCGCAGAUGGAAGAAGAUGAAGUGUUUGCCCGAAGCCUGCAGGCACAGUUUGACCAAGAGGAGGCGGAGUCACAUCAUCACUACCAUCAGAUGCAUCACAUGCACGCCGACGCCACCUGGACGCCACAUCUGCUGGCGGCAGCCAUGUCCCCGCUAGCCCACUUGGGACAAGGUGGUGUCCGUCGCCAGCCCAGGCGGGGGCGGGGCCAAAGGAGGGACACGCCACCUCUGUCAGACGACCCCGCGGCAAAUGACUACGAGGCCCUGCUGGAAUUUGAAGAGCGCCAAGGUGCCGUCGUGUCCAAGAAGAUGACCCGCUCUGAGAUCCAGAGGUUCCCUGUCAAGUCCUUCCAGAGCGGAGGCGGGAACACACAGUGCCAGAUCUGCUUCUGCGACUACGACCAGGGCGACAAGCUGAGGAUGCUGCCUUGUUUCCACGACUACCACGUUCCGUGUAUCGACCGAUGGCUCAAGGACAACACCACCUGCCCCAUUUGCAGAGUCAACCUGGCUGACGACGACAUCGUGCACCAGUAAUACCUGACCACCUUUUGUUGUUAGUUAGUGACUUGUCUCUCUUGUUUUAAUAAAAUAAGAAUUAAACUAAUCAACUAUUUCCAUCAGCUUCUUGGUAAGCUGGCAUCAUUUCACUAAACCUGAUGAGCAGCCCACGUGGUUGUCUCACGGCUGAUGAUCACAUGACAAACAUAAUGGAACUG